AUGGAGGAGCCAUCAAGAGAUAAGUUGGGAGUCUAUGAAGUGGUUAUUUAUUGUAGUAAUCAGAACUUCUUGGACCCAAGGAUAAUAAAGCUAAAGCCAAUUGGAAAGCAAGUCAAUUCGGAGAAACAGGAUUAUCUGCUUACACUUAUCGGAUGUUUACUGCAUAAGUAGCUAGCAAUCUAGGAAGUACUUUGCAAUAGAAAUAGAAAAAAAUUUGGAGUCAUGGAUAAUAUAAACUUAGUCCCGCAACUUGAAGAACAGGAAUUCUGAUGGGCUAAAAAGUGUUCGUAUUGAAGUCAUAUGAUAUUUACUUUAUUACGGAAGCUCUUAUUGGAAUCUAGAACAUUUCUGUCAUGAAAUACGACGAUUACUUGUAUAAAGUCAUCAUGGAUAAUAUAACCUAAAAUCGGAAAUGACUAUGGCUUAAAAAGUUUUCAAAAUGUUUAACUAGGCCAACUAGGACGCAAAAUAUGCUAAAUCAGAGAAUUAUAACAUCUACACUUUAAAUUUUAUAAAGGAAUAUUGGUAUUGCCUUAUGGUCCAUUACAAUAUAAAUUAACAUCAAAAUUCCCUCGAAAAUACAAGAAGAACGCCACUUUUGUUGAUCGCCCGCUAGACGCAGAGCAAUUGCUUUUUCUUAUCAGAAAACAAAAACGGGAAAGGAGAAGUGUGGUGGGCAGAGGCCGAGGUCGCGGAUGGACCGCGCUGUCCUCGAAUGGAGAUCAUGUGAAUGACCGGAUUGUGUAAUAAAGGAUUGAGAGAUAUUGUAAGAAAUCCCAUAAAGUAUAAGAAAGCUACUGCAUUUAUUUACAAUACUUUAAUAUGUAUUAUUUUUUGGCCAAGACUGCCUUAUGGGGAAAAUGCUUUUUUCGGCGGCCUUUUUUGAAGGACUUUUGGCAGUAGUAAGAAAGUAUUUAUAUUUUGUAUCAAUUUCCCAGCAGCAGAAUAAGUCUGAUGACAAAAUUCACUCAAAAACGAUGAAAUUCCCGGUUUUUUCGACUAAAAGUCUCAAUUUGCCUCCUAAAAAUUGAACAUUUAUAGAAUUCCCGACAUUUUACACACCAUUAAUCCCUUCAUUUCGAUACACUUCCUUUUUUAAAAGCGAAAAAAGUCAGCAAAUUCUCCUAGACAUUGGAAUAACACCCUUUCCCCUUUCCCUCGCCCCGCUCGGCUCGCCUCUUCUCUCUCUUUUGCGAACCAAGCUGCCGGCCCAAGUAGUAUAGUGGUUAGUACUCCACGUUGUGGCCGUGGCGACACAGGUUCGAUUCCUGUCUUGGGCAUCCUCUUUUUUUGUGCGGGUUUUGGUGGAAAUUAAAGCUGUAAUCGAUGAGUGAUUCUUCGACAGGGUGGGAUUUUGGUUUUUGAUGGACUUUUUGGUGAAUUAGACGUCGAUUUAGAGUGAAAAUAGCAUUUUUGGAUAAAUAAAAUGGAAGCUUAUUACUUUUUUAUUUUCAGUGGCAGUGAUAAAGUCCCCGUAUGUGACCAAGGACGUGGACAGCAAGUCCACAGACGUAAGUCCAUCAUCUCCCAACGUUAGAGACAAUAAAAACCUAAUAAUUUUAGGUCAGCCUCCCUCAUACUCCAAUUAUGCGCCAGCCAGUCGAAGUUGAUCCGAAUGUUAUGGCCGGAAUUGUCUCAUAUCUUGCUAGGAAUCCUCUUGAAGAUGAUGACGCCGCACUUCGUCCAGAAAACCAGAAAAUUACUCUUGUGCCGCCAUAUCGGGUCUCAGUGUAA